UGGCAUCCGCCAAUUAUCAUGUCGCAAAUCACCAGCGUGGCCCGCCAUCCCCUAACUCCUCUGCAUAUAUAUGGAGCUGGUUUGCGGAGAUCGUGGGGGACUGGGGAAAUCCCCAGGGGCUCGACCCUUCGAUGCCUCGGCUGUCUGGGGAGAUGACGACAACAUGACCCGGGGACCCAGGCUGCACCAUAUGCGGCUGCCCUUGGACACAGUAAUAAGACCAGGCAGUCCCGUCUGUUCUGGAGGCGGUGCCUGAUCUUCGCUUAAUCCACAAAUUGCCUUUUGUCCCGUCACCACUUUCCCUUCUGUCACAUCCCACACCAUGUCUGACUCUCACAAAAUCGACCAUGAGAUGAAGGAGCACAACGGACACAGCAUUGUUGGCAAUGGUGUCGAACUUAGCCGCCAGGUUACCGUUCAAUUGAGCCCUGAGCAGUACGAACGUCUGUUCUUUCAGCCGUCGGCUCCCCGACGUGGUGACCUGGCCAAAAGAUUCGCCAAUCCAACACUGCUUGGUCUGGUUGGUUUCUUGAUACCAUACACAUCUACUAUCCUCACCCUCUGCGGCUUUCAGGGUGCCGUCGCGCCUCAGACUCUGGUUGGGUUGAGCGGUGAUUAUUACUUCUUUGGAUGCAUUGCGAUGAACCUUGCUGGUCUCGCAGAGUUUAUACUUGGAAACACUUUUCCUAUGGCGGUCUUUAUUAUCUACGGCAGCCACUGGGGCAGUCUUGCAUACACUCAAGAUCCCAUUCACCAGACGACUUCCGCAUUUAGCGAACUUGGCGGUGCCACCGGUGCAGCAUACAACUCCUCUCAAGGAUUCCACAACAUAACGAUGGCGAUCGCGAGUUUCGUCUUCUUCAUUGGAACUUUCCGCGUCAACGUAUUCUUUACGCUCACGUUCUUUGGCCUCGUCAUGCUCUUCUCUUUCAUCGCCGCCGCGGACUUCCGCAUCGCACACGCUGCGACCGAAGUUGAUGUGGAGCACAUCAACAGGCUUCUGCACUUUGCUGGAGGAUUUGGAUUUAUUGGGCUGGUGUGCGGCUGGUACCUGGCUAUCCUGACCGCUUGCGAAGCUGUUGGCAUCCCGUGCCCGCUGCCUGUUCUCGACCUUAGCAGCAAGAUCUUCCCGAAGAAGGAUCCCAACGCAAAUGUCGAGUGAUACAAAAAAUACGUGUAGCAGGAAUCAAGAUCAAACGUAGUUUGGGUUCCUUGGCCGAGUACGGGAUGUACGACCAAUCGAGGUGGCAGGGACAAAGGCAAUGUGCAAGCAUCGGAGAGAUGGGAUGGGUACACACAGGAGGAGAGACGCGCAUGGAGGUACAAUGUGGCGUGAGAUGGAAACUAGACCGAGGCGUGGAGAGAGCAGGGACAGGGAGAGAGAGGGAUAGUGAAGGUGCAGAUCCACGUGGAAGACGGAACGCGUAGUGCCAGUGGCUGGUAGUCUUCACCCAACAUCCGAACCUUCAGAGAAACAAUGGAUAACCUCAUGAUGUAAAAGUUUGUGUCUCUGC